AUGGGUGACAAUCAGAUGGCCUUUGGAGAAAAGAAGAGGAAGGGGGAGGUUGCCGUUGCGGGCGUCAACGUCGGCGUCGACUCUGAAAGAACGGUUUACAGUCUGUCUGCGCUCACCUUCGUCAAUUCACGUCGCUCUCUGUUUUUCAGUGACGUUCAAUCCCUUGGAAUUGUCAGCGUUAUCUUCAGAGCAAUCAUGGUUGUUCUAGCAGCCUCGAUCUGCACUCGCGGGGGAAAGGCAGUACUUUCUCGUCAAUUCAGAGAGAUCGCACGAUCGCGCAUCGAAGCCCUUCUCGCAUCCUUUCCGAAACUCGCAGACUCUGGGACACAGCAUACCACAGUUGAGCAGGACAAUGUGCGCUUCGUUUACCAACCCCUGGACGAGCUAUAUAUCGUCCUGAUCACAAACCGCCAAUCCAAUAUCUUACAAGACAUUGACAGUCUUCACUUGUUUGCUCAAGUCACAACCAGCAUCUGCAAGAGUCUAGAUGAGCGCGAAAUUCUGCGAAAUGCAUUCGAGCUGCUGAGUGCUUUCGAUGAACUGGUCACUCUGGGAUAUAGGGAGAACCUCUCACUCAGCCAGAUCAAGACGUUUCUUGAAAUGGAAAGCCACGAAGAACGAAUCCAGGAAAUCAUUGAACGGAAUAAAGAGCUUGAAGCCACCGAGGAACGAAAGCGAAAGGCGAAACAAUUGGAGCUCCAGCGGAAGGAGGCUGCUCGCAGUGGCCGUGGUGUGACUCCUCGGCCUCCCUCAUAUCCUGUUUAUACGCCACCCGCUCGCCCCGUUGUUACGGAAACAUUUGACUCUUACGAAGCCGAGAAGAAUAAGACAUUUGCCAAGCCUAUUCCUACCCGUGGUAAGGGUAUGCAACUUGGGAAGAAAUCGAAGACAACGGACAUCUAUGAGAAAGUUCGCGAGGAUCUUGGUCCCGAGGCCGAAGAGUCAGCUCCUCUGGUCUCUCCACAAGUAGCCACGCCAGUCGCACCAUCCACAGAGCCCCGAACUUCUCUAUCCUCUGACCGAGCAGCUGUGCAAGUCACAGUCGCGGAGACAAUUUCGGCCAAGUUAACUCGAGAGGGGGCCCUCAAAUCAUUCGAGGUCAAAGGCGAUCUUCAGCUCCGAAUCUCGGAUCCCGCUUUCACCAAAAUUAAAAUGGACGUUCUUACUAGUUCCAGCCAUGGCGCACAAUUCCGCACCCACCCAAAUGUCGACAAGGCUUUAUUCACCAAUUCAAACAUCAUUCAGCUAAAGGACACAUCUAAACGAUUUCCAGCCAACAACUCCAUUGGUGUGCUCCGAUGGCGUGUCGCCAGUUCUGGCUCGGAGCAUGCUGAUGCUCUUCCCAUCACAUUCACCGUGUGGGUUAACAAAGGCUCGGACUCGACGACAGUAACCGUCGAAUAUGAACUUAGCGGUACAGAUAACUUGCGUGACGUCUCUGUGACAAUCCCGUACGGUGCGACAGAGCCAUCAGUGACCAGCUUCGAUGCGGUUUACGAAGUGGCUGGAGACAGUCUAGAGUGGAACAUUGGCUCCAUCGAUACAAGCAACGCCUCGGGCAGUUUCGAGUUUGAAGUGGUUGAGGACGACGUGGAUGAGAACGAAUUUUUCCCAAUGAACGUUCGCUUCUCUAAGACUUCUCCUUUCGUUGAGGUAGAUGUGUCCAGUGUUUCUUUGCUCGAGAUGGAACAAGAUGUCCAGUUUGCAAAGGAAGUAAGAAGUACUGCCGAUGGAUUUACGAUUGAGUAA